AUGACCAUUCAAGGUGAGAAGGGAGCCACAUCCUCUAGAUUAGAAGCAGAGGAUAUGCCGGGGCCGAGCAAUAUAGCAUCCGAAAAGUCCCCGCUAGGUUUGAAAGGUAGGACUAUGCCAGAAAAUCCAGAGUCAAUGGCCGAGUCUAUGCUGCACAUAUUCUCUUGCCUCGCCGGCGUUAUUCACCCUGGCUCCGAUGCUAUCGAUGAGGAAGCCCUUUACAACCAUCUGGAAGAGGUAGAUGACUACUUACUUUCCAGGACAAGUUUCAGCGAUCGCCGUGCUUACAGUACGUGUCAUGAAGCUACCUACGAUGAAAUCUACGGCGAUCUCGAACAAGAAGGAGUUGAACUCUCAAAGCCGACUGACGGUCAGCACGAAAGGCAACAUGAUUACGAAGAACGACUGGACAUCUUCAAUGCGGCUAACGCGAUUUUGAAUUUUUUCUUCCCGCCCAAUGUAGAGGUGCCGACAAUUCGAAAGUUUUGGGGUGCAUUGAAAUUUAUCGUCAUUGACAGUAGAACUAACACAUAUAAGUCUACUUCGAAGAUACGGCGCAAACUACGAGACCUUUGCGUUGACUUGAGGACAUUCAACGAGAUCUUCACUCAAUCAGGAAGACAGGAGCAGGCCAAAAUCAUGGUUCCUAAGGAGAUCUUCGAGGGAUGGAUCCACCUCCUUAUAGGACUCAUAUAUCUACUCACGGAUUACGACAAGGCCAGCCACCUCCUCGACGGUGCUCGAUUUCUCAUCUAUAGAGGUAUGGUGACUAUGGUUCGCUUGUUAUCGAAAAGGCCACUAUUAGAUAACUCUGUUGUUUUGCCACUGGAACUUCUGUCCCUACUAUGUAUGAAACUACUGCAAGGCGUUACCGUGGGGACACCGAACAUUAACGAGCACUAUUCCGAUUGUCUCGACAUAAUAGAGGUAGAUAUCGCAUCCAAACCCUCGGACCGAUCUCUGGAGUAUCACCUUAGCCGCCUAGAGGAAGAGAUAUCGGCUAUAGAUCGAGUUGUCGUGGCUCAAGAAUCCGUUUUCCAGUCACUGCGAAGCUUCACGCAAGAGAUGAGCCGAGGUGAGAGGCUGUUCGAGCCAAACCGCGAGAAUUAUUCCAUGCAAGCUUACGAAUCUGAUCCAACCUACCGACCCAAAGAAAGUUCUGAAGGAUACUAUACUCAGAGGCCCAGCAGGCGCUCGCAGCAGACGAGGUCUAGAUCUAAGUUACGACGUUAUUACGACCGGGUCACCUCCAGAACUCCGCGGAAUCACGACUCCUACGAAACCGCAGCUCCCGGGUACAUCCACGAAACCCAGCGUUAUUACGACCCGGUCUUAAUCUAUGAUGCGGAGGAUCUACCGACUGAUUUCAAGCUGGCGUCGACGGAUCAAGGCGGCUACCGUAUCCUGUUUCUGAACGAAUGCUGCUGGCUCCUAGAUGGACGUAAAGAUGAAUUCAAUAACCUCAAAUACCGAGUAUUCUCCCUUAAGAGAACGAAUCGUAACAAGAUCGAUACCACCAAAGACCGCCACGAUAAUGCUAUAUACGCUUUCACCAUUGUGACCAUAAUCUUCUUACCUCUUAGUGCUGUAGCGAGUAUAUUCGGUAUGAAUACGCGCGACGUGCGCGACAUGGAUCUUGAUCAGUGGGCCUACUGGGCUACAUCCGUGCCCGUGACCGUUGUCGUUAUUUUCCUUGGUCUGCUCUGGACUGGCGAAUUAGGCAACCUUGUGUACUGGAUCCAGUCAUUUAGCUCACAUCAGCAGGAUUCUCAGCCUCCGUCCGACAGCGAGAAUGACGAGAUUUUUCGUCGACGUUCGCCUCCUUCGCCGUCGAUGUACCGGUACUACGAAUAA